UAUCCAUUAUGGACGAUAAAAGGAUUCACUCUGAAAAGAGUUACGGAUUGCUGAAGUCUUUUGGAAUCUCAAUGAAGCCUACAAUUCAGUUGACUAUUCUACUGCUUGUUUGGCUCCUUGGAUUCUUCAUCAGAAUCUUCUCUGUGAUCAGAUACGAAAGCAUCAUCCAUGAGUUUGAUCCCUGGUUCAAUUACAGAGUUACAAAAGUGUUGGUAGAGCACGGGCCUUAUAAGUUCUGGAACUGGUAUGACCAUGAAAGUUGGCAUCCACUUGGAAGACCUGUCGGACCCACUGUGUUUCCAGGAUUAAUGGCAACAGCCGGCCUGUUCCAUUGGUGCGCUCAUAUGAUUGGAUUCCCAGUAGAUAUUAGAAAUGUAUGCGUAUUCAUUGCACCGGUAUUUUCAGGAUUUUGUGCUGCUACGACUUAUCUUUUCGCUAAAGAAUGCACUCACAGAGAGGGACCAGGUCUAUUUUCAGCCAUAUUCAUUGCUAUUGUUCCAAGUUACAUCUCGAGAAGUGUAGCUGGUUCAUAUGAUAACGAAGGAGUUUCUAUCUUCGCUCUGGUAUUAGUCUUUUAUCUAUGGAUUAAGGCUGUCAACACCGGAUCUAUUCUAUGGGCGAUGGCCUGCUCAUUGAGCUACUUCUACAUGGUUGCUGCAUGGGGUGGAUAUAGCUUUAUUAUUAACAUUAUCCCAAUCUAUGUCCUUGGAUUGAUCUUUAUUAAGAAGUUCAACAUGAAAGUGUAUAUUGCUUACAGUGUUUUCUAUGCAAUGGGAUCUCUCCUGGCAAUGCAGAUUCAGUUCGUCAAUUUAGCAGUUGUGAAAUCUUCAGAACAUCUCGCCUCACAUGGAGUCUUCUUCAUUGUUCAAGGGUAUGUUCUCGUGCAGUGGCUGAGGCAAAAGGUGACAAAAGAGCAAUUUGAGAAAUAUUCCAAGCUAAUUUUGACUUAUACCACCAUUGCAUUCGCUUUGGUAUUCGUGUAUGCUUCUUUGACAGGCUUGACAAAAUGGAGUGGAAGGUCAAUGACAUUGCUAGACCCAACCUAUGCUAAGAAGUAUAUUCCUAUAAUUGCUUCAGUAUCCGAGCAUCAGCCAGCCACUUGGUCUUCGUUUUACAUGGAUGUGAAUGCAUUGGUCAUUUUCAUGCCGAUUGGAUUGUAUUUCUGUUAUAUCAGGCCAACCUAUGGAAUGCUAUUCUGUGCCUUGUAUGGAGUUUUCUCGGUUUAUUUUGCUUGUGUCAUGAUCAGACUCAUGCUGGUGUUCGCACCAGCAUGUUGUGUCCUCGCUGGAAUUGGAGCAUCAGAAGUUGUAACUAGGCUCACUAAAUCUCUUAAACAAACGUUUAUAGAAGAAAAUGAUGAGCAGCUUGAACCUAUUGAGGAAGAAGAAAAAGAGGCUUCAGAAGUAAAAGGUAACAAGAAGAGCAAGAAGGGUAAGAAGGGAAAGAAAUAUCAGCAGAAGAAAGUUGCUACAAUUGUGCAUAAAUAUCCAUUUAUCAGCUCAGUUGUUUUACUCUGUGUGAUUGGAUACAUUCUUUGAAGCUAUGUAUUUCACUCUACUUGGACUGCAGCAGAAGCUUACUCUUCUCCAUCUAUUAUUAUGGCUUCUAGAGGGCCAACUGGAGAGAAGGUUCUGAUUGAUGACUACAGAGAAGCUUAUGAUUGGAUUAGACAAAAUACAGACCCUGCUGAUAAGAUCAUGUCAUGGUGGGACUAUGGAUAUCAGAUUACUGGAAUGGCUAACAGAACUGUCCUUGCUGAUGGAAACACCUGGAACAAUACUCACAUUGCGACCAUCGGUAAAGCAUUCGCUAGUACGGAAGAAGAAGGCUAUAAAAUCGCUAGACAUCUCGAUGCUGACUACGUGUUAAUUAUUUUCGGAGGUCUCAGUUAUUAUUCGGGAGAUGAUGUUUCCAAAUUCAUCUGGAUGAUCAGAAUUGCUCAAGGAGUUUAUCCAGAGAUUGUAGAGUCCAGCUAUUUUGCAAACGGACAAUAUAGGGUUGAUGCUCAGGCUACAGACACCAUGAAGAACUCUCUGAUGUACAGACUUGCAUACCAUAGAUAUAAUGAAGUGAGAAUGAGUUAUCAGCACCCAGCAGGUUUUGAUACUGUCAGAAACAUGGCUAUUGACCCUACUCCAAUCAAACUGAAGUAUUUCACAGAGGUGUACACCACAAAUAGAUGGAUUCUCAGAGUUUACAAGGUGAACAAGGACCCUAACAGAGAAGAUCCAGUCAAAGGCUCUCUUAUAUAA